CAUAUUGGAGUGGCAUUUUACUACCUGGCAGUGAAAAGAAAGCAGUACCAGCUGCAGCAAAAAUAUGCCACAACAGAUCCUUUGUUUCUCGGGGCGCUCAAGGUGAAAGCUGAAAUGGUGCUUAAUGAUAAAACCACAAUGACAGAUGCGGCUUAUAGUGGCACAAUAAUGAACACAAUGUUUGGAUCAAAUAGAGGACAUGGAAUGCCAUGAGCAGAAGCCGAUUAUGUCUACAUGCCAUUAAACAUAGCAAUGCAUUGGAUACUGUUGGUCUUAGACAUUAAUGGUAAACGAAUAAAAGUCUAUGACUCCCUAAAGAGAAGAGGAGAUUCGCUGUCAAGCAUUAGGGUCUUCAUUCCUUGCUUGGAGAAUUUCCUACCAAAGGUGAUGGAAAGGCUGGGUGUUUAUGACAAGCGGCCAGAGGCACAUAUUGGAAAAGGAAAAAUUCGAAUAGAGAUGGUCCGUAACUGUCCACAACAGGAGGAUGGGGGCAAUUGUGGUAUGUUUAUCAUAAAGUUUGCUCAAUUUCUAAUGAUGGGUAGAGAAGUGACUGAAGUUUCAAACCAAGACAUGGAAAUGUACCGACACAAAAUGAUGACAGAGUUGCUGAUGUAUGCAUCACGAGGAAAGGG